GGUAAUCGGAACUUGCCGAUCCUUGCGUGGAGUUGUUUGUAAACAAGAUGUCCAACGUGGGAAAGAUAAAGAUAAAAUCCUUCGCAGAACUGCAGGCCACCACUGGCAUAAAUGUGGAACCGGACCCACCGCCCCAAAUGAACAGCAGCACGCCCGAGAAGAAAAGAGCGGGAAAAGCCCGCGCGGCUACUACGACGAAGAAAGUGCAGGCGAAAACGGAACCACUCGGCGGUGUUAUCAUAGCCAGCACUGUGAUCAAGCGUUCGAGCAAGAAGACGCCGCUGCCGGGCCAAAUGCGCAUCGAUUCCUUCUUCAAAAGCGCCACCAAGAACUACAAAGUCAAUAUGGUGCCCAAGUCAUCCGCCAAGGCAGUGGAUCCGCCAGUAGCCAAACGCAAGGGAACAUCAAGGGGACGCAAGCGCCUGUUCGACGAGUCCACCACCACAUCUACCGCGUCCGCAGAUACUCUGGAUCUCAAGCCUCCCGAAAAACGAGUUCAGCCUGGUCGCCGGGCGAAGGGCAAGGAGAACGCGAGCCUCUCCGAAGCGGAGGUGAUUGACCUGUGCUCUGAGGACGAGCAAACCAUCGAGGAGGAGCCUUUUGCGGAAGGCUCCCCCAGAGUAGAAAGGAGUCCAGAAAAGGCUUCCAUCCCAAAAGCGAAGCUUAGCAGCGUAGAAGUCAAAGUCCCAGAAGCAAGGCCUAGUAGCCCAGCCAGCAUGAAGACCUCCCCUGGCCUCCUACAACCACUACCUACAACCUCUUCCAACCCAUCGCUGGAUACAAACCCAAGGAACAGCCCCAAGCCCAGAAAUUCCAAAAAAGGAAUAAAAGGUUCUGGACGCAGACAAAAAAAACCAAAGCCAUGCCCGCCCUACAAAGUCGUAGAGGGAACAUCUUUCUGCGUAGACGGCUUUCAAUUUGGCGAAGUAGAUGGGGUCACACAUUAUUUCCUCACCCAUUACCAUGCGGAUCACUACAUCGGCCUUACCCAAAAGUUCUGCUAUCCCCUCUACAUGAGUCCCACAACUGCCCGCCUGGUGCGAACCUUUAUCAAAGUAAACGAGAUGUGCAUCCAUGAAAUUGAUGUGGACCAGACGGUGACGGUGGAAGAUGUCCAAGUGACCGCCCUAGAAGCUAACCACUGUCCCGGAGCUCUGAUGUUUUUCUUCAAACUGAGCUCUGGCGAAUGCAUUCUCCACACUGGAGAUUUUCGGGCUAGCGCUGAAAUGGAAUCCCUGCCAAUCUUUUGGAACCACGCUAACAUCGAUCUGCUCUAUCUGGACACAACCUACAUGAACAAAAACUAUGACUUUUGCCACCAAACAGAAAGCGUCGACCGAGCGAUUGAUUUGGUGCGCGCCUUUAUAGAGAAAAAUCCAGCCAAACGAAUCCUUAUCGUCUGCGGAUCCUAUGUGAUAGGCAAGGAGAAGAUCUGGCUGGCGCUGGCAAAAGAAUUCGCAAUGAGAGUCUGGACAGAGGCGCAUCGCAGCAUGGCAGCCAAGUGCCUGAAUUGGCCGGAUUUGGAAUUGGUCCUAACUGACGAUCCCCGUAAAGCAAGCUUGCACGUUGUCACCAUGGGGAAAGUUAGCUAUCCGAGUCUGGUUGAGUACUUCAGUCUAUUCGAGGACCAAUACGACAUGUUGCUGGGCAUAAGGCCCAGCGGGUGGGAAAAGAACAGCAAGCCUUCGUACGGAAAGCGAAUCAGCACUAUCGGCAUUGAGUACUCGGAACACUCUAGCUACAAGGAGUUGGAGCGGUUUGUUCGCUUCCUUAAGCCAAAGCGAGUCAUUAGCACCGUUCCCGUUGGUCGUGAUCUGUUUGUCACUGGAGAAGUGCCUACACAGUGGUAUAAGUUUAAAGGCCCGGCAUCUAUGCUGAGUACAGGGUAUCAGCCAUCAAUAUCUACCUUUUUAGCCACGCCACAUCGCGUUGUUCCACAAAUGAGUUCAGAGACUACAAUGUUCCUUAGCCCUCUGGAGGAGAAAGCUUCCAGUGGGGACGGGGGAGAAGAUGACUGGAAAACGGCCGUGGCAGCGGAUCAUGUAACUAUUUUAUCCAGUACCUUGGAGCAGGACUUUCCCAAUGGUUCUGAAAUAGUUGUUAAAAAUGAAGCUCUGCUACCAGACACGUGCCCGGAUUCUCAAAUAACUAUUAGAAACGAAGCCCUGGAAACAGAAAUGUCAUAUGAUAUUGCAAUAGAUGUAAAAGACGAAGCCCUAGAACCAAAUCCUGCUAGUGAACCGGCUUUACUAGACAUCUCUGACGAGAAUGAAUCCCAUACUCUUGGGAUAGCAAAAGAAAAAAGCGAGGAGCAAGUUCAAGCCGAUGGCAGCCCCUGUAAAGCAGUUGUUAGUAGACUGACGUCCGAUGCCUCCGACGAUUGGCUUGUAUAG